AUGUAUGUGAAAUGGUUUGAUACAGUAAUGUUUUACUAUGUGAUUUUAGUGAAUGUCACUUUUUGUCAUUUUCAAAUUUCCCACCGUUCCGUCCCUAGGCCCUCCGUACAUCCCGACAACGCAGGGGACGGAACCUAGAUGACAGAUGCCGGCAUCCGCCGAGAGGACAUUGCCGGGGACACUGCAGGAGGGACAUCACGGGAGCGCAGGACAAGGUAAGUGAUCGAGGGAUCGUGAGCAGCGCCGCAUGGUAAGCCCGAGUGUAGCUUGUAGUACCGCUUGGGCUACACUCGGGAAUACGACCAGGGAGGUUA